AUGCGGGAGGGGAUGAGGGAGAGGGACAGAGGCGGGAGCCCGGAUGCGUCGGGCCCUCCUCCCUUCCGCGGCCCGUCGUACAAGACGAAGCUGUGCGCGCUUUGGAGGGGCAGGGGCGGCUGCCCCCGCCCCAACUGCGGUUUCGCCCACGGCGAGGCUGAGCUCCGGAGGCCACCCCCGCGCGCCUCCUUCCAGCCUCGCCCUCGACCUGGGAGAAGGGAUUACAGAGAUCAUGAGUUUAGACUCAGGCCUGAGAGAAGACACUCACCGAGGUAUUCCCCCGAAAGAGAUAUCAGGCAUCGUUCCUUUCGUGAUAAGAGACCAAGUUCUGAAGAUAGGGGAUCUAGUCGUUCAAGAUCACCUAUUAGGAAGAGUGAGAGAAAACAUAGCAAAAGUCCUGAUGGUGGAAAAACCGAUUCAUCCAUAAGUUAUAGAAGUUCUGAUAACGAAGACAGAGGAAAAGAUGAAAGGUACUUAAGCAGUGAUGAGAAAAAUGGUCGUGAAGAACAACUGAAACAAAUGCAUCUGGACAUGGAAGCAUUGCUUGAAGAUAAAUCAAAGCUGGAGGCGAUAUUGGAGAAGAAGACUGAUGAAGAGCGCAAACUUUGUAGCAGAGUAGAAGAUCUUGAAUUGCAAUUGAACAAAGAGAAAGAAGAUUGGCAAAGGAUGACCUCCAAAACCAAAAAGCUAAUAAAAGCACAUGGGCGUUAUAUAAAAGCACAGGCGGAUUUAAAGAGGUCUCAGGCUCGCUUUGAGAGGCUAGCAGAUUUGCUUGCUUCAGAUAUUUUGAAGCCUUGUACCAAGGAGCAGGGUUCCAUCGGGAUUACUGCUAAUGAAGAUCCAUAUAAUGCUAAUGAAAUGAGCCCAAGUGACCAAAGACAAAACCAUGUUUCAGCAUCGAGAAAAAGACUUAUUUCCCUCCCAACAAGUGAAGAAGCAAAAACUGGAAAGAGACAGAGAGAGAAUGACGAAGAUAUGAUCCCAACAUCAGAGAACUAUAGACCUGAAGAUGCUCUAGAACAUGUCCAAGAUAGCAAGGCAACUGAUCUACCAGAAUCAUUUACAGUGAAGAAGUUAAGGGAGGGUGACUAUGUUGAUGUAGGAAACAUUGUCUCUUCAAGCAAUAUUUUUGCGGAUAGGGCCGACCACUGUCCACAGUCACUUGCUCUCUCUGGUGAAUCAUUCCCCGAGCAACUCACACUUUCUUCCUCCCUGUCACCUCCCACACAUGGAUCACAGGGUCCUCUCCAGCCAUUGCAAGCUGCACCUGGCCCUUCCAGCAUUGCACGAGCCAAUGCCAUCAAAGGCUGUCCAGGUGGCAGAGUUGAGGCGCUAAACUUCCUUCUCCUUCUCCCCUUACUUGGUGCUGCGGCGCCCAUACGUGACAGUGGCCAAGUGCUUGAUGCCAUGCAGCCAUCCUCCUAUGGCUUCCUCUGGGGCUUGGUUGUGGGGGUGGACGAGGCCAUGGCAGUUGUCAACAGCUUCAUUAGUUCAUGCACGAUUGAUGAGCGACCAAUGCAGAGCUCACACUCCUUGAAGUCCACAUUGCUGGAGCUGGCUGCCGCAGCGCAACUCCAGAGCAGCGUCUGGCGUCCUUAG